AUGAUGUUCACAACCCUCCUCCCAAUCGCCCUUAUCGGCCUUGUCUCGGCCAGCCCGGUCCCAGCAGGGGACAUCGUCUCCCUCGAGAAGCGCCAGAGCGCCACCACUUGCGGCAGUACCUCCUACUCCCAACUCGCCGUCCAGCAAUCCUACGGCGCCGGCGCCGACCACACCAUGAAACGCACCGUCGUCCGCUCCGGCGGCGGCAGCAACUACCCGCACGUGUUCAACAACAAGGAGCAGCUCAGCUUCCCGGCGUGCUCGGGCCUGACGCUCUACGAGUUUCCCCUGGAGCCCGAGAACCAGGUCUUCACCACCGGCGAUGCUGCUGGCGCGGAUCGUGUGGUGUACGCCACGACGGGGCCGAACCAGUUCACGUACUGUGGAGCUAUGACCCACACUGGGGCUCCGACGAGGAGCGGGUUUGUCCUUUGCUCGUAA